AUGUAGAGAUCAUACUAAGAACAGGUGAAUUAGAAGGAUUACUAACAUAAAUUGUAUUUCAAAAAUGGUUAUCCUUAAAAUUAACAGUUUAAGAGAGAUCCAAAUUAAAUGCUUAGAGGAUUAAUUGUAAAAACUUGUUUACUUCACUUUAUUGAUUGGUUGAAAUAGGGGUUUAAUCUAUGGCUGUUUGUUGUAAUAAUUCUUUCAGCAAGUUUUCGAGCAGAUUAAUAGUUGUUUAUUUGUAUAAUUUAAUUGGCAGGAAAUCUAUUCAUGUCAUCUUAUAAGCUUUAUCAAUAAAUUUGUAAGGCCUUGAGACAAGUGAAUGAAUAUUUCAACUAAACUGUAUAUGUGAUUGGAUGGGAUCCCAAAUGCCAUAUCAGCAAAUGCCCUAAAAGGAAUGUGACAGUAGGAAAUCUAAUUUUCUUGAAGAGACAUCAGCCAAGUCCUAUGAGCAUAUUGAUUUUAAAUUCUUAAGAGGAGAAAUUUAUGGUGUAGACAUCUGAGAAAGAAGGGAUGACUCAUAUGACUUAGAAGCAGUCAAUAAAAUUAACAUCUACUUCCGAUUAAUAAAAAAAUCAAACUUUAAUCUAUUAUAAGAGAAUAAUGACAGGUAAAAUAGAAUUUGAUCAUUUGGACACUAAUGACAAUUAAUUCAGAGGUUUCAUUAAGUUACAAAAAGAUCCAAAGGGUGAGUAUUUGGACUAUAGGAAUAUAGUGAAUCAAAGUAGUAUGAUAAUAAAUACAGAUUGGGUAGUGGGGAUAGUGAUCAGUCAUGAUGAUGAAGAUGUGAUUAAAAUGUGGCAUAAUUGUUUUAAGAAGUCCACUACUCAUUUUGAUAGAUACUUAAUGAAAUUUUCUCGAAUUUUCAGCCUUUUAUACUUUAUACAAUUGGCAUUUUGCAUUACAAUAAUAAUUAGAUUUCAAAAAAUUCCAUAGGAUUUUACAAUCUAUAAUACUUUAUGUAGAAUAUUUUAGAGCAUAACAUUUGUACAUCCCUGUAUAAUAACUGGAUUAUGUGAAUUAACAUUUUAAUUUUUUAAUAACAUCUUUGAAAAGAACAAAAACAUAAUAAUAUCUCAUUCGUCCGAAUUGCUAACUUUGACUAAGAUAGAUCAUUGUAUUUACGAUAAAACUGGUACUUUGACAAACACGAACACAAUGCUUUGUGGAGUGAUUUGUGGAGUUUACUUCUACAAUCUUAUUAAUGGAGUAGGCAUAAGAAAUUCUACAAAGAGAUAUAGACAAUUAAAGACCUCAUAACCUCAACACAAUAACAUGUAAGAAAUACUUGAAGAACAGGAUGAAUAGGAGGAAAAUAAUAUAGGGAUUGGUUCACUUUAAAAGAGCGAGAGAAUGAUUUAGAAUCCAGGAAGCCAUCAUUCAGUAAAGAGCAGAUUAUAAUCAUAACACGACGAAGCAAUUAGCUUUAAUUAAGAUGAUGCAGUCUUUAAUGAGGAAGAACCAGAAUCCAGAAAUAUGGUUUUCAAUUUCAAUCCUCAUUUCAUUAGAUAACCAGAAUAAAUAAGACCACAAAAUGAGUAAAGUAUGGAUGAAGAGCUCUCCUCUCCAGAAAAGCAAAUAUAAACUAAUAGAAAUAAUCGAAGAACAUUUAAUAAUAAUAGUAGAUUGAUAACAAUAAAUAGAAGAGAACCCAGAAUUUUGUAACGGAAUUUAGAAUAAGCUCAGGAAGUAGCAAAUGGCUCUUUUUUAUCUCCUUCACCGUUAACUUCUUCGAAUGACAUAAGAAAAGAAGUGAAAUUGUGCGAAUCUUAAAUUAAUGAGGAUGAACAACAAUAAUAAUCUGACAGUGAUAGUGGAGAUUAGGAUCAAGAAUAAAGAAAAGAUUUAUUAGAAAUCAUAAGAUUAGGAGAGAAAUAGGCAGACAAUUUUAUGAGAUCUUUGAUUUUAUGUUAAGAUGUUAAAACCAAAUAUUCAAAACCUUAAAACAAACCCAACAGAGAUAAAAAUAGCUAAAUGAUGGGGAUUUCUGGAAUUAUGAAUGAACAUCCUAGUAUGAAUCCUUAAAACUUCUUAAAUGAAAACACUGAGGAGUAUCAAGAAUCUGUAAUUAAAUUUGCCAAGUAAUAUCAGUUUGAAUUUAAUUGUGCAGGUCUCCUUAACAAAAGAAUAUGUUAUGAAAUUAGUGCUAAAGGUUUAAGUGAACGAUACUUAGUAUAUAAAAAAGUCAGUGAUAAUGAUACAUUUGCAAUUUUUAUGAAACCUAUUUAGCAAAGAUUGAGGAAUCAAGGAGGUCAAUAUGACAGACAAGGAACAGAAAGAAGUCAAAAAGGAGGUUCAUUAAAAUUGUAUGUUAAAAGUGAAAAUCUAGGACUUUUGGAUAAGUGUAAAUUAUCAUAAAAAAAAAGAGUAAAUCUUGAGAAAUAAAUCACUCAUCAAGCUCAAUCUGGUUAUAGAUUUAUAGUUUAUGCUGGCAAAGAUGUACCUGAAGAAUCUGUUAAGAAUAAAAACAAAUAUUAAGAAGUUAGUUUUGAUACGAUGGAAAUGACACAUCAUGAUAAAGAACUUAUUAAGGAUUUGGAUUAUUAUGGAUUAAUUUGUCUAAAAGAAGAUCAAAACCCAGGGGCUUAUGCUUAAGUUAAGACUUUUAAGAAUCUUGGCAUCUCAUAAUGGAUAUUAAGUGGGGACAAGAAGAUGUAAACACUUUCCGCUGCUAACCAUGUUGGUAUUGUCAAUAAUAGUAAUACUUUAUUAAGAAUUGAUGAAGAAGAUGAAGAAAAGUUAAAAUUAUAAAUUAAGUCCCAAUUAUUAUUUAUUAGAAAACAACUAUUAAAAGAAGAUGAAAGUCAAUAAAAUGAGUCUACAUCUAAAUCAUUUAACAGUUAAAAAUCAUUUUCUGAAAUGAAAAGAAGUGGUAUUUCCAAAAAGGCUACUUUUGAUGAAAACAUGAUUUUGAAAUCAAAGAAGGGAGAAGAACCUUUGUAAAAAGUUUUUCUAUUAGUCAAUGGAAAAUCCAUUAAACCAAUUUUUAGUGAUGAUUAUACGAAAAGCCAUUUUCUUUUUAUUGCUUUAAUCCUUAAAACUGUAAUUGCUUAUGAUUGCUCUCCUGCUGACAAAGAAUUGAUUACAAAAGCAGUCUCUAAGAUUAUGGAACCCAGCAAUACUCUUUUAACAAUUUCAGAUUCAGUUGAUGAUUUUAAUAUGAAUUCACAUGCAAAUGCUACUAUUUAAUUUUCAAAAGAAAAACGAUCAUUAAAAAUAGCUUAUCAAAACAUAUAAGUAAAUGAUUUACAGCACAUUAAAUAAUUAGUAUUAUAUUUUGCUAAGAUCCUUCCUAUGCAUCUUAGUCAACUAACGGUAAUGUGUACAAAAAUCAGUUUAUAUCAAUUAAUUAUAUUUACUUUAUUUGUUUGUGUGAGAAGAACACUUUAUAUAGAAGAACAUGUUGUAUAUUUAUUAGCACUAUAGAUUCAUAUUAUUAUUAAUGGUUUGCUACCUUCAUUUGAAGAUAGAUCAAGCCAUGAAUAAAUUGAAUUGAUGCUCCCCCAAUAUUAACCUUAAGCUUAUAAAUGUUUUAAAUCUAAUUUUAGAUGGUUAUAAGAAUUGUUUUUUGAAGUGGUUAUAUCUGCAGCCCUAACUGGGUUUAUGAACACUUAUAUAUUUGCUGAGUUUAUGAUGUUUUUUACAUCUGAUCCUAACAAUCUUGCUCACUUGAUGUUUUUAUUUUAGCUGUUUUGUGUUUUUGCUUUUGGUACUUCUCAAAUGAUUCAUUUAAAUGUUCCAUUUGGAAAGAUAAUUUGGAAUUUCAUCAUCACUUUAGGUUUGCUCAUUCUUUCAUUCGCAAUAGUUGUCGAAUCUGAUCAACGUGUUUAAAUAAUUAGGAAUAUAUUCAAAUGGUAAUUCAUUAUUGGUAUUCUUACAGGAGUAGUAAUCAUCAUUACAAUCGAUCAAAUAAUAAAAUAAACAAGGGAUUCAAUUUUUACCCCAAGAAUCAUAAUAAACUUUGUAAAAUACAUGGAGAAUGCUAUGAAGAAUUAAUCAGGUAAAAUAGCAUAAGAGUCUGUCACAUAAUUUUCUAUGUUAAAUCACAUUAAAAUAAAUCGAUAAUUCUUUAGAAAAAUUAAAAAAGUAUUUGAGAAUGUAUCCAUUGAUCCUUUCAUUAGAUCUUUAUUUGAAAGUGAGAAAACUUAGUCAUUUAAUGGUGAAUAUUCUAAAUUAUCACUUGUAUUCAAGAAUCAUAAUUAUGAGAAGUAAUUUAGACAAUUCAAGGUUUAAUACUAUUAUUAAUAGAGGAGAGAAGUUGUUUUAGUUCUUUUUAUUGUGUUAAGAGUUAGUAGUGUAAUAGCAUGGUCUCCAUUUUUGACAGUUGAAGAUACAAUACUCAAUAUACUUUGGGCAAUCUUUAUGGUGAUUUGGAUUUUAAUAUUCAUUGUUACUCACAUUGUUGAAAAGAAAUAAACAGAUUUAGCAGCAUUUCAAAUAAAAUGGGGCACUAUUGAAGCAUAUUUCUUUAUUCCAAUAGUGUUGAUUUUGGAUCAUUUUUUGAGUGUUACACUUCCCGAGGAUAAAAGCUAAUAUUACUUUAGCACUUUUGGACAGUUGUUAUAUUAAUAAUUUUUAGCCUGGGAUAUAUUUCCUCCUCCUUUAUAUUAUCCAAUAAUUUUGACAUUGAUAUUUUUUAUAAAUUACACAAUAAGAGUGGCAAACUUUUACGAUAUUCAGGUGAUUUCAGAUUCAGAGACAUCAACAUUCAGAGUAGAAUUUAUCACUUUAUAUGUUCUUUUAUUCUUUUUGAAUUUGUUAUCCAAUUAUACUCAUUAUAAUUUUUAACGAUUUUAAAGAUUAGUGUUUUUAUUUGACUAAGCCUUGUAAACAUAACAAGAAUAAACCAAUUAGAUCUUGAAGUCUUUGUUGCCUGCAUUUAUCUAUGAAAAGAUUGAGCAAUCAGAGGAGACUGAAAUAGAAGAGAAUUAAGGAUCAGUGUCAAUUAUAUUUUUAGAAAUUUGUGAAUUCGAUAAAAUCCUUUAAUCUAAACAACGGUAGGUUGUAACAUUUUUGGAUGACAUUUUUAGAGUCUUGGAUAAAAUAUGUUUAUAAUAUGGAGUGUAGAAGAUUGAAACUGUAGGUAAGACUUACAUGGCAUGUUCAGGAUUGAAAUCAACAGAGAUUGAAAAUAAUAAAGAUGGAUUGAAUCAGCAGAAGAAAAAUGAAACUGCUAUUGCAUUAGAAUUGUCAUUGGAUUUCUUAAAGGCAGUUGUUAAAUUAUUCAAAUUAAAAAUCAAAAUUGGUAUCCAUUAUGGAUAAGUGAUUGCAGGUGUAAUUGGAUAUCAUAAGCCUUAAUUUUCAUUGAUUGGAGAUACAGUCAACACUGCAUCAAGAAUGUGUUCAACUGGAUAAGUAGGCAGAAUAACAAUAUCAAAUGAGGCUUAUGAACGUGUCAAGGACACUGAGUUUCUUUUCACAACAAGGGAAGUAGAGGCCAAAGGAAAAGGUAUGUUGACUGUCCAUUAAGUCACUCAAAGGAAAUUACAGACUAAAAAGCAUCUAUCAUAAGUGAAGUUUUAAGAAGGCUAGAAAAAUGGGAGACUACUCACUUUUAAAACUCAUAUCACAAAUAAUACUCGAGCCACAUAGUUGAAGUAGACUUAUAAGGAUAUUUCUCCUCCAUCAUCGGUAAAUGAUCAUUUAACAACAAAGGAAUAUGGACGUAGAUCUAAAAUCAUGAAUCAUCCGAUGCAAGGCUCGCAAUAUUUGAAAAUCCCAAGGAAGAAAAAAGGAGCUGAACCUACAAGGGGAAUCAAAAAGGGUACCAUCAAAGAAGAAGUGACUUCUAUGAGUGAGACUGUAUGGAAAGACAGGUCUAAAUCCUAAGUCAUUUAAAAAACUGAUUAUAACACAAAUGACUGGGAAGAGACAAAGGAAGAUGAAAUCUAAAUGAAAUAAGUAGAAAAGGAUCCUGAAAACAGAAUUAUUGGAGUUUCUGAUAACGAUGUUGAUGGUCCAGAAUAAGAAGUCAAAAGUGAAAGAGUAAAAAAAGUCAUGGAUUUAGAAGUUCUUAAAUAUAAGAAGUUAACACUUGAAUAUGAAAAAUGUAAUGAAGCAAUUAUAGUCAUGCAGUUUGAAUAGUAUUAUUAAGAAGUCAGAUCAGCUUUAAAGGAUAUCUUUUAUCCCAUGACUAUUGUCUAUACUUUAUUUAAGGCAUAAAUAUAAUUGAUAGAUUCAGGAUAAGAUGGACUAACUAUAUAUAUUGUUAGAAUGUUCUUAAGUUUAUACUUAAUAAUUUUGUACUUUAUAACUAGUAGAUUGAAGAAAUAUAAUAUGCAUAAUCUAGAUUUAGCUUUAACUGGUCUCUACUAUGUGAGUGCAUUUUUAACAAUGUUCUUUGUUACUUUUAACAAUUAACAGAGAUUCCUUAUAUCUGAUAAUGCUGAAGCCUAUUUCUUUGCAUUUUCGGCUGUAAACCAAUAAUCAUUAAAAUUCAAAUAUAUGUUUUUCUAUAUUUUAUUGCAAUAAGCUGCAUGGUUUGUUUAGCUACUACUGCAUGAACAUAAUAAUUUAUUAGUAUUUAUAGUGUUAUCAACCAUAAUCUUGGUAAUAGUAUCACAUAACAAUUUUGAAUUGACAAUUAAAAAUUUCAAUAGUGCUGCAAAUGAAAAUUUGAAAAAAGAGCAAAGAGACUCUUUAUUAACCAAUUUAUUACCAUCUCACAUUUUAACAAGAUUCUACUAGAAUAGCAAAAUUAAAUUAGAAUUAUCAGAUGUUUUAAUAGAUGCAACUCUUUUGUUUGCUGAUAUAAGUGGAUUCACAGCAUACUCAGCAAAGGUCUCAGCUGAAUAGGUAGUAAAGAUGCUAAGGGAAUUGAUGACAUCCUUUGAUAAGGAAUGCUUAUAGCAGAAUGUUUAUAAGGUAUACACUAUUGGAGAUUGCUAUGUUGUAUUGGGAAUAAAUGAUAUGGAACAAAGACAUCCAGGAUAAGAAGCCAAAAAUGUCUUAGAAAUGGGAUUAGAAAUGGUAGAAAUUAUAAAGAGAGUUAGAAAGGAAGUCAAUUUCAAAGAUUUGAAUAUGAGAAUAGGAAUACAUACAGGAUAAUUCUAUGGUGGUAUUAUUGGAACAGAUAUAGUAAGAUAUGAUAUUUUUGGUAUUGAUGCAGUGAUUGCUAAUAAAAUGGAAUCUUAAGGAGAAGCAGGCAAAGUUAUGGUAAGCGAAGACACAAGGAGAUUAAUCAAUAUUCAUUUUCCUGGUGAAUAUAUUUUUACUCCAAGUAAAUAAGUAGACAUUCCUGUUGCCAAAAAGAAGGUUUAACCAUAUUUUGCAACAAAAGCAGAUAUUUUAAAUCGUCCAGACAAUUCUAGAAAUAUUUGA